AUGUCGCGCGCGAAUCCCCCCAACGCUUCGGGCUCCCGAAAGAUCUCGUUCAACGUCAGCGAGCAGUAUGACAUUCAGGAUGUCGUCGGCGAGGGUGCAUACGGAGUUGUCUGCUCGGCGAUACACAAGCCUUCCGGCCAGAAGGUCGCCAUUAAGAAGAUCACACCCUUCGAUCACUCCAUGUUCUGUCUGAGAACUCUGCGUGAGAUGAAGCUUCUUAGAUACUUCAACCAUGAGAACAUCAUCUCCAUCCUCGACAUCCAGAAACCCCGCAGCUAUGAGACAUUCAACGAGGUUUACCUCAUCCAGGAGCUUAUGGAGACGGACAUGCACCGUGUUAUUCGAACCCAAGACCUAUCCGACGACCACUGCCAAUACUUCAUCUACCAAACCCUUCGCGCUCUCAAGGCUAUGCACUCAGCCAAUGUCCUUCACCGUGACUUGAAGCCCUCCAACUUGCUUCUGAACGCCAACUGCGAUCUGAAAGUCUGUGACUUUGGUCUGGCGCGUUCCGCUGCAUCCCAGGAGGACAAUUCGGGUUUCAUGACGGAAUACGUGGCGACCCGUUGGUACCGUGCUCCCGAGAUCAUGUUGACGUUCAAGGAGUACACCAAGGCCAUUGACGUGUGGUCUGUUGGCUGUAUUCUGGCCGAGAUGCUGAGCGGCAAGCCUCUGUUCCCGGGCAAGGACUACCACCAUCAGCUCACUCUGAUUUUGGACGUUCUUGGUACCCCGACGAUGGAGGACUACUAUGGCAUCAAGUCCCGCCGUGCGAGAGAGUACAUUCGCUCGCUUCCCUUCAAGAAGAAGGUUCCUUUCCGCACCCUGUUCCCCAAGACGUCCGACCUGGCUCUCGACCUCCUCGAGAAGCUCCUCGCUUUCAACCCUGUCAAGCGCAUCACCGUAGAGGACGCACUUAAGCACCCUUACCUCGAACCGUACCACGACCCAGAUGACGAGCCUACUGCGCCUCCCAUUCCCGAGGAGUUCUUCGACUUCGACAAGCACAAGGACAACCUGAGCAAGGAGCAACUGAAGCAGUUGAUUUACCAGGAGAUCAUGCGGUGA